AAGAAAGCUCCGUCCCCAAAAACAAAGGAAACAAAAUCAAGUCGGCGGAACGGGAAGAGAUCGAUCGGGAAGCUACCGGAGGCGGAAGUUAUGGCGAACAUAGAGUCAGAAGCAGUCGAUUUCGAGCCAGAGGAGGAUGACCUUAUGGAUGAAGAAGGUACAGCAGUUGACCCCGCCGAUGUUUCUCCACGCGCCGGACAACCUAGGCUUAAGUCGGCUAUUGCCGGAGCAAAUGGCGAAUCAGCUCCGCAGAGGAAGACCAAAGGCCGUGGGUUUCGCGAGGAGAGAGAUUCCGAUCGUCAGCGCCAUCUUUCAUCGCGCGAUUUCGAAUCACUCGGUUCUGACGGCGGUUCUGGUCCACAGAGAUCCAUUGAAGGAUGGAUUAUUUUGGUCUCUGGAGUUCAUGAGGAGGCACAGGAUGAUGAUUUAUUCAAUGCUUUUGGUGAUUUUGGGGAGAUAAAGAAUCUACAUCUCAAUCUCGAUCGUCGUACUGGUUUUGUCAAGGGCUAUGCUUUGAUAGAAUAUGAGAAGAAAGAAGAAGCACAGAAGGCUAUUUCAGCAAUGAAUGGGGCGGAGCUUCUAACGCAGAAUGUCAGUGUUGACUGGGCAUUCAGCAAUGGUCCCAUUGCUGGUGGAUCUCAGUGGAGAAAGAACCAGAGGUCUGGAAGGCGUUCACGAAGCCCGAGAAGACGUUACUGAUUGUAUGAUUUGAUGUGGAGAGUUGUUUCCACAGCUCUCAGUAUCGGGGAUUCUCACUCUUAUCUGUAAGGUAUGGAAACAAGGCGCUGAGUGUUGGACAAUAUUAUUUUUUUUGCGGUUAAUUAGGGUUUGGUUGCUUUAUCGUUGUUUAAUCGUAUGCCUUUGUAUGGGAGGGGAUUGUUUGCGUUUAAAUACCAUGAUGAGAUCUGUUUAAAUGCUUUGUGUUGGUAAAAAAGGACAAACAUUGGAUGAGGAAGAUGUUUUAAUUUUCAUUCUCUA